CCUCAUCCUUGAAUGUCAUUGAUUAGAUUUUAAAUCCACAGAUAAUUAAAAAAUAAUUAAUUCGUAGAAAUCCGGUCGAUCUAUCAUAUUUAUCGAAAUCAGUGUACAUUCUUUGUACUUAAAACGAAACAGAUAUAUAUGUUUUAUACUUGACGGAAGCGAGAGGGAAAGUUUAGUGCAGCCCAGUGUAAAGCGGCAAGAGAGACCGGUCUCUGUCCCCACGUGUCCUGCCUGUUCGCCCGCAUUGGUAAGGACGAUGGCACUCACGGGUUUUAGGUUAUCGAGAUAUCGUAGAUCGUUAUUUUUGACGUGUAAACAUUUUUGUAAAAAUGGAAAUGUGUGUUACGUUAAGUUUAGCAGCGCAAGCGACAAGAGAGUCGGCAAGGAGACCGUCACGCUGUCCGACGGCAAGCACCUCCACUUUUCUACGGGUCAGUAUGCGCGUUUCGCCGAUGGCUGCGCGGUCGCGACCCUGGGCGACACCUCCGUCAUGGUCACGGCGGUCUGCCAGCAUCAGUCGUCCUCCACUUCCUUCCUGCCGCUCGUCGUGGACUACAGGCAGAAGGCGGCGGCAGCUGGCCGCAUACCGACCAACUUCUUACGACGAGAGCUCGGGCCGAGCGAGCAUGAGAUCCUCACAAGCCGAGUGAUCGAUCGUUCCAUAAGGCCACUGUUUCCAGAAGGGUUUCACUUCAACACCCAAAUAAUGUGCAACAUGCUGGCCCUCGACGGCAUGAACGACCCGGACAUAGUCGCGAUCAACGGCGCCUCCGCGGCACUCAGCGUCUCCGAUAUUCCGUGGAAUGGCCCGGUAGGCGCCGUCCGGAUUGGCAUGAUCGACAACGAGCUGAUAGUCAACCCCACGAGGCGCCAGAUUCAGGACAGCACGUUGAAUCUCAUCAUCACUGCGGCCAAGCAGAACAUGAUUGUCAUGCUGGAGGGCUCGGCUGAUGAGAUAUUGGACCCGCAGCUGAAGAAGGCGAUAAAGCUCGGCGUCAAGGAGUGCCAGAGCAUCGUGGCGGCGAUUACGAGUCUGCAAAAGAAGUGUGGCAAGGCGAAGAGGACGGUCGAAGUGGCUGACGAGCAGCAGCAGGAUGUGGAUUUGAAGAACUCCGUAAAGGAACUCUCGGAAGCAAAGUUGCAGGAUAUAUUUACAAAUUACACGCAUGAUAAAGUAUCGAGGGAUAACGCAGUCAAGGAUCUUAGAAGUAGCGUCAUCGAGACGCUGCAAAACUCAAACUUUGACGUUAAGUUAGUGGAAACGAUGUUUGGAAAGAUUUCUAAAGACGUGUUCAGGACAUUGAUUUUAGAGAAGGAAGCCAGAUGCGAUGGUCGCCCGAUGGAUGCUUUACGCGAUAUAUCAUGUCAAGUAGACCUUUUUAACUCCCUUCAUGGUUCGGCUGUAUUUCAAAGAGGUCAGACUCAGGUCAUGUGCACCGUGACUCUGGACUCUUUGGAGAGUGCGCUUAAAAUGGACACCAUGUCAAUGCUAAUUAGUGGCGUGAAGGAGAAGAAUUUCUUUCUUCACUAUGAAUUUCCACCUUACGCGACUAACGAAACUGGACACACAAGUCGUGCGGGUCGCCGAGAAUUGGGACAUGGCGCUUUAGCGGAGAAAGCCCUACGGCCAGUUCUUCCAAAGGAUUAUCCCUUCACUAUAAGACUGACUAGCGAAGUUUUAGAAUCAAAUGGUUCCUCCUCGAUGGCUACUGUCUGCGGUGGAAGUUUGGCACUGCUUGAUGCGGGUAUACCUAUAUCUUCGCCAGUGGCAGGCGUUGCUAUAGGCCUUGUGACUAAACAUAAUGAAACCAAGACUAACAUUGAGAAUUAUAAGAUAUUGAUCGAUAUAUUGGGAAUUGAGGAUUACCUUGGGGACAUGGAUUUCAAAAUAGCAGGCACUAAGCGAGGAUUCACCGCACUGCAAGCCGAUGUAAAGAUACCAGGCGUUCCUUUGAAAAUCAUAAUGGAGUGUAUAGAAAAAGGUACUAAUCCUAAAUUGCAAAUAAUUAAGACUAUGAAUACAGCGAUACAAGAGCCGCGACAAGUUAGGAAGGACAAGAUGCCAGUAGUCGAUAAUUUGGAAGUCCCUGUUCAUCAAAGAGGAAAAUUCCUCGGGAUUGGUGGGAUGAAUCUAAAGAAAAUAUUUUUGGAAACCGGAGUGCAUAUAUAUGUGCGCGAUGAAAACACAUACUCAAUAUUUGCGCCCAACGAAGACGCUAUGACUGAGGCUAAGGAAAUGAUACAGAACAUUUUACAAAAGGAUCGCGAACCGACCUUGGAAUUUGGUGCCAUUUAUACUGCGAGAAUAGUGGAGAUUCGGGAAAUCGGGGUCAUGGUGACGCUAUAUAACAACAUGGUGCCAACAUUGCUACCUAACUCUCAAUUAGAUCAACGUAAGAUCCAUCAUCCCAGCGCUCUGGCACUUGAAGUCGGUCAAGACAUACAGGUCAAAUAUUUCGGACGAGAUCCAGUAUCCGGACAAAUAAGGAUAUCACGAAAGGUGCUGCAGAUACCGUCUUCGAUUCCGAAAACUUUGCAUCGCGAUGACAAACGCGAUGACAAACGCGAUGACAAACGCGAUGACAAACGCGAUGACAAACGCGUUGAAAGAGAAGAAACGUGAAAUCUGCGUUGCAUAGAAUUAAACUUUAAAGUUUUAAAUCAACGCGUUUGACACACACAUACACGCACAAUGUGUUAUGUAUGUGGCAAGAUGGCUCUGUAUAUUUUUCAUCAUUCUGUUAAAGAAUGAUCAUUUUCACAUGCAGCAGGUUCCAGCUGUAUGUACCCGUCUUGUAUUUUUGUAUAAUAUCCUUGUUAAAGAUAAAAAUAUAAAAGAAAAAUAAAAAAAUAGAAAUUAAAAUAUA